ACUGGACCAGUAUUCCAACUCAAACAAAUGUUAAAAAGGCCAUAAGCACACAUUAAGCUACAGUAAGCUACAAGAGAGACGCGAUACGAUGUUACCAUUACAUUAGCUCACUCACAACCGGCUGGCUUGUGUCUUGUGUCUUUACUUUCGCGUGUCAUCUGUGUUCUGUGUUUCUCGUUGUGGCUCUUUCUCUGUCUCUGUCUCUGUCUCCAUCUCUGGCCAUGCAUACCCGCGAGCGUAAGGAUACAUUGGACUACGCGUAGGCUCUGCCCAGUCCAGACCGACUACUACAUUCUGGUGCUCUGCUGGCUGCUGCCGGUCAAGCAAUAGGAGAGCAAAGGAACAAAAUAACAAAAAACCUACAUCGGGAAUCGGGCAAGACGAAGACCCAAGAAGAGCAAGACAAAGAGAAGGAGAAUAAGUUUAACAAGUGGAGGGUUUUUCUCUGUGUUUAACACGGGAGCGAGACAACUGUCGUCGGGUGCACGAGGCUCCGUGCUUAGUGUGACCCUACUCGGUUCGAUACGUUUAAGAGAAUAUAUUUUUUUGUUAUAAACAUGCUGAAAACCGCCACGAGGUAGCACGAUAACGGUUUUUUUUUCGCACGUUAAUACUUCGAGGGUGGUAACGAGACCGAGAUAAUUCGCGAGCAGAAGACCAAGAGGUUGAGCUCUGAGGAUGGCGCCCAGGGGUGGCUACUCCUGUGGCACUAAAUACAUGCCGGUUUUUUGGAUCCUUGUUUUUGUCGCCUGGUUUUCUUCAACUGACGCUGCGGUAUGCAGUCCAGCCAAAUGUAAUUGCAAAGGUAUAAAAGGACAGCCAGGAUUUCCAGGAAUAUCUGGACCUCAGGGCCCAGAAGGACCACCUGGGGACAUUGGACCGGAUGGACCGGACGGCCCCAAAGGAGAAAAAGGCGCUGGGGGUGAACAUGGAGGCACUGGUGAAAAAGGAUAUCGAGGAGAAGUCGGGAUCCAAGGGUUCGCUGGACCUCCAGGGCUCUCGGGACACACAGGAAUCGGAGGAGUGAGAGGUCCCGAUGGCUUGGACGGCUGUAACGGUACAGACGGUCGUGCUGGACCACCGGGAAUACCAGGAACGUAUGGGCCGAGAGGGUUACAGGGUCCUGAUGGAGACCCAGGUCCGGUCGGUGAACCUGGUGAAGGUGGAAUCAACUCUAUGGGUGUCAAAGGAGACCGCGGUGUUCCCGGAGUUGACGGACUUCCUGGCUUUGAUGGAGACUUCGGAUAUCCGGGUGAAAUGGGUUAUCCUGGUGAUACCGGAGACAUGGGAUACCCGGGUCCCGCAGGUCUGCCAGGUCUCCGUGGUGACCAAGGGGACUCCGUUUAUGGAGUCAAGGGUCAGCGAGGUGAGCAGGGAGAUCGCGGUGAACCUGGACCGUAUAGUCGUGAGUGGAAGAAAAAGGUGGAUACGAUUCCGGUAAAAGGACCUCAGGGCCCUAAGGGCAUUCACGGUGAUUACGGUGACUGGGGAAGGAAAGGAGAGAUCGGAGAGCGUGGGCCUCUUGGACGUCCUGGAUAUUUGGGAGUGAAAGGAGUCAAAGGUGAACAAGGUGACGACGGGCCAAGAGGUAAACAAGGUAUCCAAGGGCCUGCGGGUCAAGCUGGUGAGAAGGGAGAGAAAGGAGCGCCGGGAUAUGCCGGUAGUCCUGGAGAAGACGGAUGGGAUGGCGAGCCUGGUGAACCGGGUAACAGAGGACCACCUGGAAGACAAGGAGCUGCUGGAGAAAAAGGUCAAUAUAUUCCAGAACUCGAUGAAAUAGUAAUGGGUCCUAUUGGAAUUCAAGGAGAUCUAGGUCCACCUGGACAACCCGGACAACCGGGUAGUAAUGGAAAUCCGGGAUUAGUUGGGUACAUCGGGCCUCCUGGCUCGCCGGGACCUAAAGGCGCACCUGGUGACCCUGGGCCCAAGGGGUCUUCGAUCAAAGGAGAACAAGGAGAUGAUGGAUUACCUGGAACACUAGGACCAAUGGGACCAAUGGGUAAACCCGGGCUUCCGGGUAUAGUGGGAGCUAAAGGUUUUCCAGGAGUUACGAUCAUCGGUCCCCCUGGACCUGAUGGUCAACCUGGAAUCGAUGGUCUGAAUGGUCCACCGGGAGAUCGUGGAGACCCUGGACCUCCUGGUGACAAAGGUUUCCCUGGAAAAGGAGUUAGGAUUCGUGGACCACCUGGUGAAGAUGGAUUACCAGGAACUCCAGGAACACCUGGAAAAGACGGUUGGCCUGGAGUACCAGGUUUCAAAGGACCUAAAGGUCUACGUGGUGACGAUUGUGGAGUCUGCGCACCAGGUUUGCCAGGUCUUAAGGGCGAACGUGGUGAUCCUGGGCUCAAUGGUUACCCUGGAGCUCCAGGAUUCGCAGGUCUGCCAGGUCCCCGUGGAUUCAAAGGCAAGCAUGGAAAACCUGGUAUCGUAGGACCCAUGGGUUUAGAGGGCGAAAGCGGCCGCCCCGGAAUUUCUGGCUCUCAAGGACCUAAAGGAGCACCUGGACGAAUUGUAUGGCCACCUGCUGGCAAAGUUGUAGUUCCUCCAGGUGAUGUCGGAGAUAAAGGCUUUCCUGGAUUCGAGGGUAUUCAAGGCCCACCUGGACCACCUGGUGAACUGGGUGAUGACGGUCCUGCAGGUCCCAAGGGAGAAAAAGGAGAGUUUGGAUUACCGGGUAAACCUGGUAGAGACGGAAGACCAGGAUAUGAUGGAUUACCUGGAGAAAAAGGAGAUGCUGCAGAUAUUCCGAAAGAAUAUUUGCGUGGUGAUCCAGGCUUAGACGGCAUACCCGGCACGAAAGGUGAGCGAGGUGACCCAGGGUCUAGAGGAGAGGUCGGAGAGUCCACGCAGUACGACAUUAAUAUUAAAGGAGACAAAGGAUACAAAGGAGAACGUGGAGAGCCAGGCUUCCCUGGUCUUAAGGGAUUCCAGGGAAGAUCUGGAGAUGAAGGUUGGUUUGGAGCUCCAGGUUUACCUGGUUCCCAAGGAAUUGCAAUCCAAGGUCCUCAAGGUUUGAAAGGAUAUGCUGGUAUGCCUGGUGAUCAAGGGCCUCGCGGUUUCGCGGGUGAACCUGGUAAACAGGGUCUACCUGGUCUUCUGGGACCGCCGGGACAAAAAGGAGACCGAGGAGACUCUGGAACAAAUCUCUUGUAUGGAGAGAUUGGUGACCAAGGUUUACGAGGACCAAAAGGUGAUGACGGUGUCGAGGGACCAGCAGGGUCUCGUGGACAGACUGGUGACGACGGUUCCAAAGGUACUAAAGGAUCUAAAGGAGCUCCUGGUUUUGAAGGACUACCCGGUCUUGAGGGUUCCAAGGGAGUACGAGGUGACAGUAUUCAAGGAAUUCGUGGAUAUCCUGGAAGUCCAGGUCUACCUGGAAUGCCUGGUAUGCUUGGUAACUUUGGAAUGAAGGGUAUGGAUGGGGUUCCUGGGUUCAGAGGUAUCAAGGGAUUGAAAGGAGAAAUUGGAUUCUUUGGACGUCGGGGUGAAGAUGGUGACCUGGGUCCAGAAGGUUACCCUGGAAUGGUGGGAAUCCCGGGAUUGAUGGGUCGUCCGGGUGAAGAGGGUGAUAUUGGAGAAAUCGGAGAGCCCGGACCUCCGGGAUGGAUGGGAAUGGAUGGUAUCGAUGGAGCAAUGGGACCUAAAGGUGAACUAGGUGACGAAGGAUUCCCGGGAUUGUCGGGCCCUCCUGGACCACAAGGUCUUCCGGGAGUCAUCGGUGACGUUGGUUUCGAUGGGUUACCUGGUGAGCCUGGAGAAAGUUCAUUCAGCGGACCUCAAGGUGAUAUGGGAGACACGGGAGCUAAGGGAGAGAUGGGAGCCCCAGGAAUGCCUGGUUUUGACGGACGUCCUGGACUUCCUGGUGAGCCUGGUCGAGACGAUCAAGGAUUUGACGGCAGUCCCGGAGAAAAGGGUGAACGCGGAUGGGAUGGCGUCAAUGGUAGACCUGGACCUAAAGGUGAAAUCGGAGAUAUCGGUCCAGAUGGUUUCAAGGGAGAAAGAGGAGAUUAUGGACUGCACGGUCGUCCAGGAACUCCGGGUAUUCGUGGAAGAGAUGGAGAAAAGGGAGAGCUUGGACCUAUUGGACCUGUUGGUUUCAAUGGGCCGAAGGGUAAACGUGGAUUUGAUGGAGAUCCAGGCGCUAUGGGAAGACCUGGCAAACCGGGUGACGCUGGUCCACGUGGUUUCUCUGGUCUUCCUGGUUGGGAAGGACCUAAAGGUGAAACUGGAGAACCAGGAUUAGCUUCAUAUGCUGAAGCUGACAGAGGAGAUGUUGGUGACGCUGGAUAUCACGGUCUUAAAGGUAGAAAAGGUGAACAAGGUGGUGUUGGUCUUCCUGGUUUCCCUGGUCGUAAGGGAAUGCUCGGCGAUGAAGGCUACCCAGGCCCUGAUGGUUUCCCUGGUCUGCCUGGUCUUCCAGGAAUUCCUGGUGACACAGGACCUACUGGACGCCCAGGUCCACCAGGAGAAUUCCCUGAGCCUGGUGAACCUGGAAUGGAUGGGCUGAACGGCCAGCCCGGAAUCCCAGGUCGUCCUGGACAAAAAGGAGCACCAGGUGAAUAUGGACCCGAUGGACCUAAAGGUAUUCGUGGUGAACCAGGUAGAAGUAUUCCUGGGCCCAAAGGUGUUCAUGGUGACCUAGGACCUCGUGGUUAUGAAGGACGACCCGGAACCCCUGGUCCGAGAGGACUUCCAGGUUUCCCAGGAGAAUUCGGGCCCAAAGGUUUCCGUGGAGAGCCAGGUUAUUCGAGCUACGCGCCUAAAGGUCCAGAAGGAGACGUUGGUUUCCAAGGACGUGAUGGCAGACAUGGAGCCAAAGGAGAAGUCGGCGAUUCAGGAAGAGAUGGAGCUCGCGGUUACCCAGGUGUGAAAGGCGAACGCGGUGACACUGGAUUCUCAGGUCUUCCUGGAAUACCCGGACCAGAAGGACCUAAAGGGCCAAAAGGUGACAGAGGUAUCAGCCGCUUCCCCUUCUACAACACCAAAGGCCUCAUCGGUGACACCGGAUUACCAGGAGCACCAGGUUUUCCUGGAAGCGAGGGAAUGAUGGGCAUGCCAGGAUUAGACGGACUCCCAGGUCUCGAAGGCGAACGUGGUGACGACGGAUUCCCGGGGGCUCCAGGCCCUGAUGGUGAAGAUGGUCUCCCAGGCCGAGCAGGACCUCGCGGAUCCGUCGGUCGUCAAGGUGCUCCCGGAUUUGCCGGUCCACGUGGAGAUGACGCUCUCCCAGCACCUGGACCACGAAGCCGCGGGUUCCACUUCGCUCGUCACUCCCAAACCGAAAUGAUUCCUCAGUGUCCCCGUGGGUCAACUAAACUCUGGGACGGAUUCUCUCUGCUCCACAUCAUGGGUAACGGUCAUCCUUGGGCUCAAGAUCUUGGCGCUGCUGGUAGUUGCGUCAGGAAAUUCUCAACAAUGCCCUUCUUAUUCUGUAACCUGAACAACGUUUGUGAUUACGCCCAACGUAAUGACUACAGUUACUGGUUAAGUUCAACAGAACCGAUGCCGAUGAUGAUGACACCAAUUCCUGCACGUGAAUCCGGUCGUUAUAUUUCUAGAUGUUCUGUCUGCGAAGCGCCAACACGAAUGAUUGCAGUUCACAGUCAGUCCAUGACAAUACCGUCGUGUCCUGGUGGUUGGGAUGAAGCUUGGAUUGGUUACAGUUUCCUCAUGCAUCGUGAUGCGGGUGCUGCCGGCGGUGGGCAAUCACUGAUAUCACCGGGUUCCUGUCUCGAGGAAUUCCGUACCCGACCGUUUAUCGAAUGUCGUGGUCUAGGUACUUGCAAUUACUUCUCAACAGCGAUUUCAUACUGGCUAGCAACCAUAGAAGACCACGAGAUGUUCCGUAAACCGCAGCCCCAGACUCUCAAGGCAGACCACACGUCAAGGGUAAGUAGGUGCGCUGUUUGCGUGCGACGACAAAUAAUUGAAGAAAAUGGGAGCCGUCUUAAGCCAAUCGGCAGCAACGGAUCGCGUUAUCCGCCGCCGCAGUACAUUCCCCAGCGUGUGCCCACCAUCGGGGGUGUACAGCCGAUUCAACCUCUAGCACCAGUCCAGCCUUAUGAUAACGAACAGCGUCGACGACCGACUUCCCGGGGCAGACCCUACUACGAACAGCCUCAAGGUUACUACCGUAGAAAUCAGCAAUUCCGUAGACCCGAUAAUAUUAAUGCUUAAAAUUGAUAACUGAGUAUUCAGUACUCGGUACUCGAGUACUCAGUACUUAUGAGGUCAAUUUAAUACUUUAUUAUUUAAUUGAUUAAUUAAUAUAUGUAUAUAAUAAUUAUUAUUAUUAUUAAUAUUAAUAUUAUUAUUUUAUCUGGUUUAAGUUAUACUAGUUUCAUUUAAUUGGUAUCGAUGCACGAGAUUUAAAAUAAAAUUGCACAGGAUUAUUGCCGUGUGCUGUGCCAUAAUUGUACUAUGUACAUUUUUAAAUUUUAUAUUAAUAAUUGUACUGCCAAAUAUAAAUUUUACUAUAUAUAGUUUGCAUUAAAUAUAAUUUUAACAAUAUCAUUAUUAUUAUUAUUAAUAUUAAUUAUUUUAUUGUCAAUGUAUGUUAUUCAAAUUUUAUUAAAAUACUUUUGUAAAAGUUAU